UGGAACGAAUUCUCAUAUGAAAAUAUUAAAAAAUAAAAUUUUAAAAUAAUCAAAAAAUUUUAAAAUCAUUUGCAUUAAUUACCUAUUCACAUAUAAUCAAGAACCAGUCAGCAAAUUUCAACGGCCACCAAUAUUUAAAAUUUGCAAAUUCGAAACAUCAAAUAAAGAAAUCUAACACAGUGAAAUCUGAAGCAAAAUCUUAAAUUUAUAUCACGAAGAAGUUUAGAAAGGUCUAAGAAUGUCUUUAAGGGGACAGAAAUCUCAGUUGAAGAUGCAGUUUCGACCAGUGCAACCAUGUUAUAAUGGUAACAUAAUCGGCGAUGCUAGGCCGCAUACCCGAAUCAGCACUGCUGUCAAUUUAGAAGAACAUACUAGUGGAGAGCGCACUGGUGCACUGGCUAGUGCAGCUUCAUCGAUUACAACGUUAGCGCCGGCGGAAGCGACAUCUAGCACAUCAACGUCAGCAAUACCACCAGGCUCGGUCACAACAUCCGAUGCACCGCCGGUGACCGAACAAAUUGCUAAUUUGCUGAAUUUGGCACAACAUCUACUGAGUAGUGUGCGUGCAGAACAGCAGCGACAUCAUCGACGCCACCAUCGCCAUCGACGCGAGUCGCGCCUGCAAGAGAGCACGCCGUACCAGCGGCCAACUAGCGAGGCGCUUCAGGCUGUGCAGCCACAUCAUGACAGUGACAACAGUUCGUUUCAAAUUAACGGUACAAAUGUGAAUACCGUCAGUAUUGGGGGGACUUGUGCAAUUACAAAUGGCGAUGCCAACUCUAUUGCUCAACAACAAUCGGAGCAUACACAAUUUCGCAAUGCCAGCAGCAGCAGCAGCAGCAACAACAACAGCAAUAGUAGAGUUAGUGAAGAUAAUAUAAAUUUCAAAUGUUCAAUUUGUUUGGACUCGUAUCUGUUGCAUCGGCCGAUGGUCACGCAGUGUGGACAUAUAUUUUGCAAGCGCUGCAUAAGGCAGAGUGUCAGCUGUCAGGGCAAAUGUCCUAUGUGUAAUCGCAAAUUGAAUUCCAACAGCAUGUUUCGGGUGUAUUUUUGAGCCUUUUGUUUAUGCGAAUGCUGGGCCAUCGACCGAGGCGCAAUGACUGUCGGUUGAGGAGCCUGCAUGCAAUGCAAUUUGUAUUUUGAAAUUUUUGUUAACAUUCCUUUGUUAUGCAUGCGUGUAUGUAGGUGUAUUACAACGUGUACGCCAUUUUUGGGCAAUUUUCUUUUUUACUUUGAAUAUUUUGUAUGUUUUAUGUUCUUUUAGCGAUAAACUUUACAAUAUCUCCAAUAUUUGGCUAUGUAGUCUACUUAUUUACAUGUGUAUAUACUUUUAUUGCAAAUAUACAUGACUAGUUAUGUACAGAACUUA